UGUCAUUGGUGGCACUGGGGGCAUGGUUCAGGAAUGCUGGUGGCACCUGGGAUGGAGUUGGGGACACCAAGGACACGGUUCAGGAGGGUUGGUGGCACCUGGGAUGGGGUUGGUGGCACCUAGAACAUCAUCGGGGACACCAGGGACAUCAUUGAGGACACUGGGACAUCAUUCAGGAGGGUUGGUGGCACCUCUGAUGUCAUUGGUGGCAUUAGGGACAGGGUUCAGGGGGGUUGGUGGCACCUGGGACAUCACUGGUGACAUGGGCGACGCUGCUGGGGACGCAUCUGACACGGCUGAGGACAUUGGUGCCAUCUCUGGGGACACUGGCGGGACAUUGGUGGCUCCGUUGGUGGCCUUGCUGGCGCUGGGGACACUUUGGGGACACUCUGGGGACAUCGGCACCGACUACUGGCUGUACGCGCGCGCCCGCGUCUGCAACGCCACCAACGCCAGCGCCGCCGCCGCCGGGGCCACCAACGCCCUGGCGCACGGGGGGCUCACCCACUCCGGCCUCUGGAGGGUCUGCUGCCUCGAAGGGCUGAAGCGGGGGCUGUGCCUGCGCAUCAAUCACUUCCCCGAGGACCUGGAGUACGACCACGACAGCGCCGAGUACCUGCUGCGCGUGGUCCGGGCCUCGAGCAUCUUCCCGAUCCUGAGCGCGGUGCUGCUGCUGCUGGGCGGGCUCUGCGUGGCCGCCUCGCGCCUGCGGCGCGCCCGCACCAGCCUCGUGCUGGGCGCCGGCAUCCUCUUCGUGGCCGCCGGCCUGUCCAACAUCAUCGGCGUCAUCGUUUACAUCUCGGCCAACGCGGGGGGGGGGGCGCCGCCCGGCACGCCCGGCGCCCCUCCCCCACCCGGGGGGGCCUUCCUGACGCUGCAGGGGGGGGGAGGGGCCGAGACCCCCGGGGGGGGCACCGGGACCCUCAACAGGAGAACCACGCCCGUCUAG